CAGAUGAGUAUGCAUACUUAAUGUUUCUGCGUACCACGUAACAUUACAUGAGAUAAGGCGUCUUUAUAAACACCUAAUAUACAAUUCGCAUCAUGGACUUAACUUAAUCACUCAAAGUGUCUAAUCGAGAAUUUUAAGCACAUUGCAAACAUUGAAUGCAUUCUAGCUAAACUAGUCCUACGUAUCCACCAUCUAUGCUACUAAUCAGGAUAGCAAAAGAGCUCAUCCCACAAAAUCAGGCUGUGGAAAUGACGACGACUCUGAUUCAAUUUGUACGUGGAGUACCUGAUGUGCAAUGUGCUGAAACCCUUUUUUUAUCACAAACAUCCUAGGUGCCUCACCUUCACAACAUCAGACACAUACGCAUAGAUCAUCAGUACAUAUCGCAUCAGGUGUGGAAACGAGCAUAGAAAUGGAGGGGACUGAACCUGUUGUAGGAAUGGCAGAGGGAGACAUCGGCGAGGAGCGAUAGAUGGCGCAUCGGCUAUCCAUGGCGAGGUCGACAACUGGUUCACACAUUUUGUCGAACAAGUGGUACACAAACUCAAACCUAGGAAUGAACGCGAGCUAGAGUAGCACAGAGCGCGGCCAAAUAUGACAUCUGCACUGACGUGCUGAGAGGGGGAGGUCGUAAAUGAGUUGAGGCUCGUCCAGGUGAUUAUGGAGCACAGAGGAGACUCGCGACCAGCACGAUGUCCCGAUGGCCUUUUCUGGUGGGGGCGAGACGAGCAAGGCCAUCGGAGGUGCUUGGGAGAGAAACAGGGUCGAGCAGGGAGUAAGACGGAUGCCGCGGCCAGAGGGAGUCAAGGCCGACGGCGUCCAUGGCAGAGGGCAGGGCGAGCGCCAGCAGAGGAGGAGCGCCGCGAGAGCUUUCCGGCGAGGUCGCGGUCAGGUAGGGAGCUCCAUGGCGUGGACUGCUCCGCGGCCGGAUAGCUGCCACGACGCGCACGGCAAGAGGGAGCCGAGGGCGCGACGAUUGGAGCUCCAGGGCGUGCGGCGGCGAGCAGAGAGGAAGCGGCUGCCAGGCACCGUAGGAGAUGGGCGCUGAGCGAGCAGAGGAGACGGGGGGCGCGACGCGGCACUCGGACUGGGCACCGACAGGGGUAGGCCACCACGCAGAGGAAGAAGAUGGCCAGCACAGGAACGAGGUGUGGAGUGGAGAGCGCCGACACAGUGAGAUGGAGGAACGGGUGGGGAAAGGGCUCGGCUGGGAAGAAGCAAGUCUUCGGCGGCGGGAUUUGCUUCCAGGAACUGAGCGGCGGCAGGAAAAAUCAAGGGGAAAGAGAGAUAGCGACGGCCGACGGGAUAAGGAACAAAAGCUCUGGCGUCCACGUACGGUAACCGACUAGAGGAGAUAGAGAGGGCAGUGGAGAGCAGGUGACGUGAUG